CAAUGGGAAUGGAUCUAAUUAGGGUGCCUCUCACUGUUUUUCUGUGCCAUUUAAGUAAAUCAAUGGAUUUCCUUAUGCAAUUCCUCCUUUUGUCCCUAUAAAGCUUCUGUCUUUCACUUCAGUCAUCAGUUUGAGAAAACCUCCCCAGCUCUUGUUAUCAUCCCUCCGGCAGAGAGCUCGAGUGAAAGCAGUUCGUUUCAUAGUCAAUACAGGCGAGGAACCCAGAAAGAUUUGGUGCUCUGUUUUCCAAACACAAGAGACCAGAGAAAAGUUUCGAGCUUUCCCUUUCUGACAAAAGAAAAGGAAAAGCUUUUUGGACUCUCGUUAGCCGGGGAAUGAAUGGCUGCCCCGUUGACCAUGUGGGACGGGGUUCUGGAGAUAACCCAGAUGGCGCAAGCGAAGGUCGGCGAUCCUCUGCUCUGGGCUCUGCAAAUAUCGUCCAAUCUGAGCUCGCAUGGCAUCUCUUUGCCUUCCCCUGAGCUCGCGAGUGUAUUGGUUUCUUACAUUUGUUGGGACAACAAUGUUCCCAUUAUGUGGAAGUUCCUCGAGAAGGCUUUGGUUCUCAAGAUUGUCCCUCCAUUCUUGAUUCUCGCUCUGCUCUCCGAUAGGGUUAUUCCAUGCCGACGUUCAAAGCCGGUGGCAUAUAGACUAUACAUGGAGCUCCUGAGAAGGCAUGCCUUUGAGCUGAAGGGUCAAAUAAAUGGCUCAAAUCAUGAAAAGGUCAUGAAAUCGAUCGAUGGAGUUCUUCACCUUUCUGAAAUUUUUGGUCUAGAAGCAAAUGAUCCAGGGAUCCUUCUGGUUGAGUUUCUCUAUGCAGUUGUGUGUCAGUUGCUAGAUGCGUCGUUGGAUGAUGAAGGGUUGCUCGAACUUACAUCAGAUAAAAAGUCCAUAUGGCCAAUAAAGCCUCAAGAUAUGGAAAUUGAUGGUCAUGAAAUUUUUGAUGAGAUAAGAAUGGAACACAAUGAGAAGUUGCAUAACUUGAAUACAGUAAUGGCAGUUGAGUUGAUCGGGAGAUUUCUGCAGGACAAGAGGACUUCGAAGAUUCUUUACCUGGCACGUCACAACUUGCCCACCCAUUGGCCAAGGUUUAUUGAGAGAUUGCAGAUACUUGGAGAAAAUUCAUCAGCUCUAAGGAGUUCAAAGGUGUUAACUUGUGAGGAUCUUCUGCGUCUGGCUGCAAACAAGUGCACAAUUCUCACUCAAGAACCGAAAAAGAAUUUGCUGCAGAAGUUCCAUGCUGUUACUGGUUUUGAGUCUCCUCUAGUGACAUCCUCUGCUGUUCUGUGCGAUGGAGGCGGCAGUAUUUCAUCUCUUUGGCUUCCUCUUGAUCUUGCAUUGGAAGAUGCCAUGGAUGGUUAUCAAGUUAACGCUACAAGUUCUAUCGAGAUUGUAACAGGUUUGGUGAAAUCGCUUCAAGCUAUGAAUGGCACCACAUGGCAUGAUACCUUUGUAGGACUUUGGAUUGCUGCUCUCCGUCUUGUUCAGAGGGAAAGAGAUCCAAUUGAAGGCCCCGUCCCUCGCUUGGAUACACGUAUGUGCAUGCUUCUAUCCAUUAUACCUCUUGUGGUUGCUGAACUCAUUGAGGAAGAGGAAAGAGUGGAUAUCAAUGAACUAAAAAAUGACUCCUCAAAGGUUCCAGGAAGCCGUCGCUAUGAUGUGGUCUCCAGCAUACAGUUAUUGGGGGACUACCACAGUCUGCUGAGUCCACCUCAUUCAGUUGUAUCAUUGGCCAAUCAGGCUGCUGCAAAGGCUAUGUUACUCGUUUCAGGCAUCAAUGUUGGGAGUGCAUACCUUGAUUGUCUCAGCAUGAACGAGAUGCCAGUCAAUUGUUCUGGGAACAUGCGCCAUUUGAUUGUUGAGGCUUGUAUAGCAAGAAAUCUUUUGGAUACGUCAGCAUAUUUUUGGCCCGGGUAUGUGAAUGGUCACAUUAACCAAAUACCUAAUGUCCCACCUCAGAUGCCUGGUUGGUCUGAAUUCGUGAAGGGUGCCCCUCUCACUCCAAUCAUGAUCAAUGCGAUGGUUUCAACACCAGCUUCAAGUUUAGCAGAGCUCGAGAAAGUAUUUGAUCUAGCAGCUAAAGGAUCAGAUGACGAGAAGAUAUCAGCUGCUACAAUUCUCUGUGGUGCUUCUCUUCUCCGUGGUUGGAACAUACAGGAACACACGGCUCAGUUCAUUACCAGAUUACUCUCUCCCCCAGUUCCUGCAGAUUAUUCAGGGGAUGAAAGCCAUUUAAUAGCCAUUGCUCCUGUCUUGAAUGUACUGAUUGUUGGCAUAGCACCAGUUGAUUGUGUUCAGGUUUUCUCACUACAUGGCUUGAUUCCACAGCUGGCUUGCUCGUUGCUGCCAAUCUGCGAGGUUUUUGGAUCUUGUGUUCCAGAUGUGUCAUGGAAGCUCCCCGUUGGAGAUGAAAUCUCUGCCCAUGCUGUGUUCUCAAAUGCAUUUGCUGUCCUUUUGAAGCUAUGGAGAUUCAACCACCCUCCUCUCGAACAUGGCGUUGGAGAUGUCCCAACAGUCGGAUCCCAGCUAACUCCUGAAUAUCUUCUUCUGGUAAGAAACUCCUACCUGCCCUCUUCUGGAAUUGUCCUCAACGAUCAAACCAAACAGAGACUUUCAGAGGUUGCGACUUCAUCGUCUCCACACCCAGUAUUUUUGGAUUCGUUUCCAAAACUCAAGUGCUGGUAUAGGCAACACCAGAAGUGCAUAGCUUCAGCCCUCUCUGGUCUUGUUGAUGGAACUCCAGUUUACCAGACUGUGAAUCUCCUUCUUACCAUGAUGUUCAGAAAGAUGAACAGAGGUAGCCAAUCGGUGACUACUAUUACCUCUGGAAGUAGUAGUUCAUCUGGACCAGGAAAUGAUGAUUCUUCUCUUAAACCUAAAUUACCUGCCUGGGAAAUUUUAGAAGCUGUCCCUUUUGUGGUUGAUGCUGCUUUAACAGCUUGUGCUCAUGGAAGACUUUAUCCUCGUGAACUUGCCACAGGUUAGUUCAACAACUAAAUAGUAGUUGGAAAGCUGUCAAUAUGAAAAGCUCAUUUUCUUCUUCCAUCUGGACGGGUGAUUAUCUGAAAUGUUUCUGGAACCUUCAGGGUUGAAGAACUUGGCAGAUUUUCUCCCUGCAUGUUUGGCAACCAUUGUUAGUUACUUCUCAGCUGAAGUUAGUCGAGGUGUUUGGAAACCGGCAUCCAUGAAUGGGACAGAUUGGCCAAGUCCUGCAGCAAAUUUGUCCAAUGUUGAAGACAAGAUCAAGAAAAUCUUAGCAGCUACUGGGGUCGAUAUUCCUAGUCUUGCUGCAGGAGGAAGCUCACCCGCAGCAACUCUUCCUCUUCCUCUAGCAGCUUUUGCCAGCCUCACCAUCACUUACAAAAUCGACAAAACCUCAGAAAGAUUCCUCAAUUUGGCUGGUCCAGCACUGGAAUCUCUUGCAGCAGGUUGUCCAUGGCCAUGCAUGCCAAUUGUGGCUUCCUUAUGGACCCAGAAAGCCAAGCGAUGGUUUGAUUUUCUUGUGUUCUCGGCAUCACGAACGGUCUUCCUCCAUAGCAACGAUGCCGUUUUUCAGCUCCUAAAAAGCUGCUUUACUGCUACGCUCUGUGGCGCAUCCAUCUCAAGCAAUGGCGGAGUCGGAGCACUUCUUGGUCAUGGCUUUGGCUCUCAUUUCUUUGGUGGCAUAUCCCCAGUAGCUCCAGGAAUCCUCUACUUGAGAGUCUACCAGUCGAUUAGAGACAUCGAGUUCAUCACAGAAGAGAUCAUCUCUCUCAUGAUGCAGUCCGUGACACAAGUUGCAUGCACCGGGCUUCCAAAAGAGAGAUUAGGGAGGCUGAAGAGGACCAAAAAUGGACUCGAAUGUGGCCAAGUGUCACUUGCUGCAGCAAUGACAAGAGUCAAACUCGCGGCUUCACUUGGAGCUUCUCUAGUUUGCUUAUCUGGUGGGCUAGGGUUGGUUCAACUACUGUUCAAAGAGACAUUGCCCUCUUGGUUUAUCUCUAGUCAUCGCUCCGAGCUGGGAGAAGAAGAAGAUGGCAGCAGCCUUGGAGGGAUGGUUGCUAUGCUGAGAGGGUAUGCACUAGCAUAUUUCGCUGUGCUCUGUGGAGCUUUUGCUUGGGGGAUAGACAACUCAUAUUCGGCUUCCAAGAGGCGCCCUAAAGUCCUGAGGGCUCACAUGGAGUUUCUGGCUAGUGCCCUUGAUGGCAAAAUCUCUCUUGGUUGUGACAGUGCAACUUGGAAGUCGUAUGUGUCGGGAUUCGUGAGCCUGAUGGUGGGCUGCACACCUCCAUGGGUGCUUGACCUGGAACCCGAUGUUCUAAAGCGACUUAGCAAUGGGUUGAGGCAGUGGAAUGAAGAGGAACUUGCUCUAGCUUUGCUUGGUACUGGUGGGCUGGACACCAUGGGCGCUGCUGCUGAAUUGAUUAUUGAAAUGCAAUGAUUUGCCAUUCUUUUUCUCCAUUUUCCUGUGGAGUAAUCUUCAUACUGGUAGCCGUUCUUUUUCUUUACCACGUUUUGCUGUAGGCAGGAAAUCUUUGUUGGUUGAUAGCCAGAUUUAACAUAAGAUGUGUUAUAGUCAGGAAUUUUGUGCAGUAAUAACAGGGGGCUCUUCUUUGUACAGUCUAGGUAUGAGAACUAUUCAAAUACAAGUCCAAGCAACAAUAUGUUUGGUGUUUGGUUUAGUAUCUGUUCUGGUGCAUUUGUAUUGCAACUAUAUUAAGUGGGAUGUCUUUGAUAAUUAAUAUAGCUAAAGGAAAUUGUCGUGAGAAAUAAUUAUUUUUACCUCGUUAUA